AUGACUCUGUCUCCUGAAAAGGCUCAGGAUGUCUUGGUUUCUGUGGUUGAGGAGCAUGCUGGGAAAAAGCACCGAGAAAUGUCGCAGGCAGUUGAUACACCUCCAGUGCUCACUCCAAGCGAGGGAAUAAAUUCGACCAUUGGUCCCGGGGACGGCAAACAGGCUUCCCAUCAGGAUAAAGCUGUCUCACAAGAUGAAGUUCGCCAUCUCGACCUGGCUGUUUCAAGUGGUCACUCUGAAAUUUCGCCACCAGGCGCAGCUUCUUCUCCGAAUUUGCACCUGUCUAGCCCGGAUGCGACAGAAGAACCCGCUGAAACCAAAUCCAGAAACGACUGUACCGAGUUAUCCACUCCCGAGGGAACGGAUUGCUCUGUUCUAGCGAGUGAUACAGGGAAGGACGAAACUUCUGCUGAUCUACCAGCCACGCCGCCUAAUAAACCUUCAGCUAUCCCAAGACUCACUGAAGGGGCUUUCCGACGGUCUGGUAAAGCUCGCUCACCUCCUUUACUGCGCACUCAAUCACAACCGGCCCACCUUGUCCGGGACAGAUCCUUUGGAGGGAAGACAAGUCCAUUGAAUUUGAAUGAUGCUAGCAGUUCACGAGGCGAGCCUGUCAAAGCAUCUGACAAGAAGUUGACCGAUCGUUUGGGUUUAUCCGCGCUCAAGAAUGCUCGUUUCGCUUCAGGGCACUCUCUCAUUCCACGUUCAACACCCAAACGGGGUAGUACACAUGUCUCAACCCUUGCCAAGCAUUUCGAGCAGCUAAGUCGUGAAUUCGAGAUGGAACGGCAGCGCGAGAGACGGCAGCGGGCUAGUGGUGCCCAAUCGCGCGCUUUCCCGCUAGCAUCGUCGAAACCCAUCGUGGAGGUUUAUCGGAACGUCCGAGAAGCCGUGGAAGAGCGUGAACCCCCGGUUGAUGGAGAAGAGCACAUGUCAUCAGCAACGCGACACUCAAUGGAUGACUCCAGUCGGAGAAGCGAUGAAUUUAUGGACCGGACAGACCAGCAGCCAUCGGCAGAGCCCUUACCAGAGUCCCCAACUGAGUCCUUUGAGCCAGGAAGGAUUGUACGAUCCGAUUCCCAGCUCAUGUCAGAAGGUGAGCCUGAGGAUAAUGCUAGCGAUGAGGAUCGAAACACGGCGGAGGGACUUCACCCGGUUGAUUCUCAUGAUGAGGUCAAGCUGCCCGAUGACGACUCACUCGAAUUCAAGGAUCUUGCAAAGCAUGAGCGCACAACACUCCUCAAAAUGUUGACAAACUUCUGGUCUGAGCGAUCUGCCAGUGGAUGGACAGCUCUUGAUUAUCCCCUCACGGUCAUGGACCACGUCUUCGCAGACUGUGACAUUAUCGUACGAGAAGAUGAGCCUAGCUCCUUGAUUUCCUUUGCAUUGGACUCGCCCGACUAUAAAGAGAAGCUUCUGAGUAUUCAGCAGCGUUACGACGAAAAGGAAGAGUAUCAAGAGAAACCUGACAGCGGACCGGAAGCUCUGGAAGAAUCUCGAGUGGAACAUGCCCUCCUGCGAGCAACUGGCACUCACCUCAAAUACCAGUUUCAGGAAGGCCAGGCCAAGAUGCUGUGCAAAGUAUUCUAUGCCGAACAAUUCGAUGCUCUGCGCAAAAAAUGCGGUGUUGCUGAUCGAAUUGUGGAAUCGCUUUCCCGGUGCGCCAAGUGGGAUUCGAAGGGUGGCAAAACUAAAUCACUGUUCCUCAAGACGUUGGACGAUCGAUUCAUCCUCAAGUCUCUCUCUCCGAUUGAGACCCAAGCCUUCCUCAAAUUCGCCCCUGCAUACUUCCAAAUCAUGUCCGAGGCGUUAUUCCAUGAGUUGCCGUCCGCGAUCGCCAAGAUGUUCGGCUUCUACCAGGUUAUCAUCAAGAACCCAUCUACAGGAACGGAAUUCAAUUGGUUCCUGUUGUUGAUGGAGAACCUGUUCUAUGACCGCGUGCCUAAUCGGAUCUUCGAUCUGAAAGGUUCGAUGCGCAACCGCAAGGUACAAAGUACCGGUGAGCGCGACGAGGUCUUGCUCGACGAGAACAUGGUCGAUUUCAUCUACGAAACUCCAUUGUUUGCACGAGAGCAUUCGAAGAAGCUGCUUGGUCAAAGUGUAUGGAAUGACACGCUUUUCCUGGCUCGACAAAAUGUCAUGGACUAUUCGCUCAUGAUUGCCAUUGACGACAAGCGCAGCGAGCUGGUGGUGGGUAUAAUUGACUGUAUCCGCACCUAUACCUGGGACAAGAAGCUUGAGUCCUGGAUCAAAGAUCGCGGCUUCGCUGGCAGUAGUCGCAACCGUCCUACCGUCACCAGUCCCAAGGAGUACAAGGGCCGAUUCCGAGAAGCGAUGGCUAGAUACGUACUUCAAGCUCCAAGCUGCUGGCACCAAUUUCAACCUAGUGCAAUGUACCGGCAACCCCACGGCGAUCCCCAGGCCAGCCAUCUCACGGAAUUCGAAGCCUUUGAUGGCAGUGGGGAAGCCGGUCCCCUUCUAUGA